AGAAGACGGCGACAAGAGAGGGUGUUUCGGUUGGCUUUGCGGUUUCUUCGUUUCUUCGCUCCCCUUCCUUGUCCAUGUCCUUUCGCUUCCACAGCUUUUCUCGUUCGUGCGUGUGCUUCUUUUCCCACGUAACAUGCCAAUUUCUCAGACAUUCCCUUCUCCCCUCCCAGCCGUCCAUCUUCUUCACCCCCACAUACCAUAACCACCAUCAAUGAAAAAGCAACAUCUCUCUCUCUCUCUCUCUCUCUCUCUCUCCUUACGCCAUCUAUGAUCGCUUAACGUUCUACUACUGUUGUCUCUCUGCUUUCAGUAUCAUUGCUUCACAACGCUCCUUUUGUCUUUCGCUCUUCCUCUUUCUUCUGUUCUGAUCGUUGCCUUCUCUUUUCAGGACAUAAAUCUUUCUCUACCGUGCGAUACGUGCCUCGUUGCUUCUUGAUCCCUUCUGUUUCGCCCUUUAUCGGCAUACCCUUUUGUCCAUUCCUCCAAAAUCACUCUGUUUUUCUCAGUGUAUGACCAUAAUAUUGCGCAAUCUGCAUUCUCUUGGCCAUAUCAGCACCUAAUUUUGUCGAAGUUUUCAUCUUUCUUGUUGUGUCUUUGCUGGGCGGUUGUUGGUUUUUCUUUUUUUCUUUUUUUCUUUUUGAAAUUCAUGGAUUAUCACCAGAGUUCGGGUUCUGGAUUUCAAUUCGCGAAUCCUGCUUUUGGAGACACCACGUACACCAAGGUUUUUGUUGGGGGUUUGGCUUGGGAGACGCAGAGCGAGACACUGAGGCAACACUUUGAGCAGUUUGGUCCGAUUCUCGAGGCGGUCGUGAUCGCUGAUAAGACCACAGGACGAUCAAAAGGAUACGGUUUUGUAACUUUCCAGGAGGCUGAGGCUGCUAGGAGAGCCUGUGCAGAUUCCACUCCGGUAAUUGAUGGCAGGCGCGCAAAUUGCAAUUUGGCUUCACUUGGACGAGCCCGCCCGCCUCCUUCUUUUGGAAACCAGAGAUCAGCAGCACCGUAUGCAGGAGGUGUGCAACCCUACCAGGGAACUUAUUCAGGGAAUUUCGGCUACCAGCAACCCGUUUACUACAGCUACCAGCAUGGAUAUACUUAUCCUGCUUAUAGAUAUUCAGCUCAUGGCCCUGAGUAUGUCUACUCGCAGGGCGUCUAUAGUCCAUACAUGGGUCAGCAAUACCUCCAGAUGUAUGGAGUUCAAGCAGCUAUUUAUCCCUACAGCCAGAUGGCUCAGAGCAUUUCCAGCAGUCGUGGGUUCAUUACCAUCCCACAGUACUCAACACCAAGCCAUCAGAUCUUGCAGCUUGGUGGCCCCAGUGCUGAUGCCAUGACAACUUCACAAAUACCCACAAUACAAUUGUAUCAUACCGGCGUAGCUACAGCUCUUGCAGCACGACCACAAAUAAUCAUUCCUAGCACACCUCCUAAGUUUAUGCAGAGUGGCAGUUCUGACGGUACAUCUGGGUGAGGGAGAAAAGAUUGGGGUUUUCUUCAUCAUGCGGAGACUAAGAGUAGUCAAGCUGCUACAUCAGUGGCAGGCUUCUGCCUUUUGCCUUCCAAAGUCUAUAAUUUCGUGUUCUUUAGGUACGAUCAGAUUCUGUCUCUCGUGUUGCUGUUUGUCAACAAAAGCAUCGCAUUUGCCAAUAAGGCUACGGUAAGCUGGAGUUCCAACUAGGAGUGUAAUCACUCAGACCAUUGGUGAUUCUCUGUGGCCACCUCUUAGAUCUUCUGUGAUUUGGUGCUAAGUGGUCGAUUGCGUCUGGGGGGAAACCUUAUUGACAUCUAUCUGUCCGAAAAGCAAACCCAUUUUUGUUCAUGCUGCUCUGCUUUGCAUUGAUUCUUCCUCCCAUUUUUCACAACCUGCAGGUGGUCAUACAUAGUUCUUAUCAGCGAGUCAAUGUCUGAACUGCUCCUGAUUUCGGAGCGGCAUGGGAGACUGUAGUGUCUCUUCCUCGUUUUUUGCCGACCCCAAACUCUUUGCUCGCGCUGGGUAUGUGUCGCGAGCAUUCAUAUUCAUUUUGGUGGGUGGUCCGUGGUCGCUGGAAGUGGUUUUCUGGUGGUAGCCAUGGAAUCUACAUGUUGGAAUCAAGAUAUGGUUCUUUUUCCUUAGGACAGUCGCAGCAUUUGGUGUGUACAUGGUACAUUGUAUAUACAUGUUUUCUGAGAAGCGUGCAUAUUUAGAACCAGGAGUUCCAAUUGGAGAUAUGAACUUUGUAAUCAGAUGAACCCGAGAAACAUAAGAUGCACAAUUGUCCUCCUUUUUUAUAGGAAUAAUAACACCGCAAGUAUCUGAAUUUU